CAAACUUCCCUUUUCCGGUUGCGGCGCCGCGCGGUGAGGAGCUCCAGACUCUGCGCUAGAAACCAUGCCGUCCAAGGGUCCGCUGCAGUCCGUGCAAGUCUUCGGUCGCAAGAAGACAGCCACAGCGGUGGCACACUGCAAGCGGGGCAAUGGCCUCAUCAAGGUGAACGGGCGCCCCCUGGAGAUGAUCGAGCCGCGCACGCUGCAAUAUAAGGUGCUGGGGUCUGUGGCCGCGUGGGGAGGGGGAAGGAGGGCUCUUGGGAGGGGAGAUGCUGAAGAUCAUGUUUAGAAGCUGUUUUGAGGG